AUGGUUAAACUUAAGAAGGGAACUAAACGGCAAGAACUUGCCAGAAAAUAUAAUAUCCAACGUAUGGUAUCAGCGCAUAAGAAAAAACUUCGCAGAAUGGCUAAGAAGGGCUUUAAAGGUAUGAAAAUAUAUGUGGUUUACAAAAUUUUAGCUCCUACAAAGUCCAAGAUCCCUGAAAUACCGAAUUGCAUAUUUAAAAAGGAUAUUCUAGCUAAUUUAAAAAGAACUAAAGAAAUAAUCGACAGGAAAAAGGAGUUACAAAAAAUCAAUCAGAAAAAACUACAAGAAUAA